AUAAAUAAUACAUGCAGCACAGCUAAUUCUUUCGCAGAGGGAAGAAUUCACCGAUAAAUGAAACUAUGCCUUCAUGUCUGGAUCAAAGUUUUAUCAAAACUGCAGCAGUGGAGAAAGUGGUUGCCCCAAUCUCCAGUCACCUUUGUCUCCUCGUGCUGCUGUGCGACAGUGAACAUGAGCCAGAGCAGUUCACCCGGCUGGAGGCAGCGGCUCACGCUGUGGCCAGAGCUACUGAGAACAUGGCAGCAGUGGCCUCCAGGCAAAUUCAAGAGACGGAUGAUGAUGUGUUGCACAUGGAGAUGUCCGCCCUUCUUGAGUCGGUCACCGUGUCGGGGCAGCAUGUGCUGCUGGCGGCUCAGAAACUCCACAUCCAGCCAGGUUUGACGGAGCACAGAGAGGAGCUUAUCACUGCCACGCAGAACGUCUUCCUGGGAGUGGUCAAAGUUCUGUUGGUGGAGGACGAUGCUGCCGUAAGGAGGAUUAUAGCUGUUGCAGAUCAGGUUUUGGAUCAUCUCUCUGAGCUCGGUUCUUCUCCAGACAUCAAGUCUCUCUUCGAGUCGUUCCAGGCAUUUUCUGAAGCUCUGAUUCUCCUCAAUAGACUGACUCUGGAAAGAGCAAAUUCCUUACAGGAUACCAGACAAACUAAUCAACUUCUUGACUCUUUGGACAUAUUGAGGAGGUGUAUCUCCAUGCUACACACGGCUUUGUGUACCACCAUAAAGCACCCUACAAGUGAGGAGGCCAAAGCAUCCAAGCGGUACAUUCUGGAUAAGGUGAACAGCACCAUCAGCGAGAUUGUUGUAACUCUUAGAAGUGACAAAAACAAGGGACAUGUGGGACCCUGUGGGUUUUUUACUGACAGACGCAACAGUCUUUUGCAACUCCUGACAAACCCCUCCACCUCCUCCAUUCAUGACAGUGGCUUGGACAGCAUGGUUCGAGACGUUGUGUUCCACUGCAUGGCGGUUGCUAAUGCAUCUCAAAGAGAGUCUCAGCAUAGACUGGUGAGCCACUGCCGUCACAUCCUGCAGUUCUGGUCUGACAUCAAAUGGAUUUCAACUUCCUCUGAGGUUUCUGAGGAAGGAUUUGACCAGUUGUGCGCUUUGAUGGUCCAACAAAUACAAAUGCUCAACUCAACCUUAAUGACUGAGGUUCUUUAUCAAGUCUUGGACACAUUCUUACUGGCAUCGUCAGUCGCUGAUGAGCUCUCAGAUGCAACAAGCCAGGUGUUAGCUUCAGAUUCCGGUACGAGUGUAGAUUUGACUUGUAUUCAGCCUGUUGUUGAGGAUUUCAUAACAGUAACUGACAGAAUAAUCCAACUGGUGAAUUUUAUUUCAGCCAUUGCUGUAGAUGUAAAGAGUUUAGAGAGCAUGGAAAACUCAAGAAUGUGUUUUACAAGACUGAGAGCUUUAAUCGCAUCUUUAUCUCUGGAGUUGGACGAUGAUUCAAUGCAAACUGUCCAGAAGCUUUAUGAUGCAUAUAAGAAAUGGGAGGAAGAGACUAGCGAGCUGCAGGAUGCUCUCAGUGAUGUAGUGGAUGUGAAGGAGUUCACUAGUCUUGCUAUCAACGAAAUGAUCAAUGACCGUCAUGGAUGUGACACCGCAUACAGAGAACAGAGCUAUAAACUCUUUGACAAAUACGCCAAACACCUGGUAAGCCACAUGAAGCUGGUGAUUCCAUCAGUGAAGAGGCAUUUGGACAGGAGCGAUAACCCCAUCUACAGGAACGGUCUUCUGGUCCUGCUCAAGCAGGUGCGAGACUCUCAAACCAGAGUGAUGGAGUCCAUCAAAGACAUGCUGCUUGGUUCCACCAUAAACGUGGAGAGAUAUUCCGCAUUUACAAACAAUGUCUCCACAGUCAUUCAGCAAUUUAAGGUGCUCAGAGAGGGACUGGACGGGAACCAACACCCGCAUCUGUUGAGCCCUCUGAGAGAGGCAGCACGUGAGCCUGACAUCUGCCAGUCAUCUCUACCGGUCCAGGACACCUGUAAAAUAAACCUGGAGUUAAAGAGCCUCCCUGUGGUUGAGGUGAAAGGAAAAGAUUCUCACACCAAAAAUGUGGAACCCAUAGAAGCAGAACUAGCUCAUAAACAUGACAGUAAUGAUUUAAAGAUGGCAGCUGUCCCUGAUGAGCACAAACUAAUUCACAAGCCCCCUGGUUUUGACCUCUUACCCCUUCUAUUUGAAGUGGUGACCGUGACUAAAGGUAAAGACGUGUCUGUGCUCAACCAGACCUGCACUCGAGUGCUUGAGCUGUCCAACUGCUAUGCCCAAGCUGCAAAGGAAGCCUCUGCCAUCGUUGACUUGGUGGAUUGUCAGACACUGGAAAGCUUUCGAGCAGAGCUGGUGUCACUGACACCUCUACUUGUUCAGACGGCUCAGGAAACAGCGAUGAGUUCGGCAAAGAGCACCGAGGGCAUCUACAAACACUGCACACAGUUUUCUGACCUCUUAAACAACAUCCGGAAAGUUCUCGUACCUGUGGGAGGAGCAUGGUACCAUGCUGUUUACACAGAACUGCGAAGAGCAUCUGGAGAAACCAGUGUUAGGCAAAGGCUAAAUGAAGUGAUGGCUUUAUGUACAGAAGUCGUCCAGGUUUUGAUUUCUUCUGACAUAAAUCUGCAAACUGACAGUCAAGAAACAUUCAGCGUUUUGCAAAGCAAACUGAGCAAAGCACAGACCAACACACGGAGUCUCAUUGAGUCUUCAACAACGCUGGAGACUCAGGAGGAUCAACUUGGGGGAUUUUGCAUCCUCUGGGCCAUCUCGGUUCAGAUUGUUGUAAACUCUCUGGAUAAGAUUUUAGGGACAUCAACCGCAGUGACCCAGCCGAGCCCUCAAAAGCAGCUUUCAGCUUUAUCUGAAAACUCGCUCCGAAUCCAGGAGGCUGCGAGGCUCACCAGCCUAAACUGCAGAAGUCCCUACAAGUCCAAGCAGUUGACAAAAUAUCAGAAUGAGCUCAGAGCACUCACCGAAGAUUACCUUAAAGCUGCAGAAGAACUGGACAUGAUGCCAAGUGUUACACAACUUGCAAAAUCCGUUUUCUUUCACAGACAUCUCCUUGUUAGAAUUCGAGCUCUUUCUGUUCAGUUAAGCAAAGAAAACAGAGAGUUUGAGACUUCUCUUCAAAACACAGUCAGCCUUGCUUACGUUGCUGCUAAAAGUCUGCGACAGACCGACGCAGACGACACUCAGCGGAGAUUCGAAAGUGCAGCUCAGGCACUUGCAGGAAAUGUCAAGUCAGGAACUAGAAAAUUGGAGGACUGCUUGAACUACAUCCGAGACCCACGCACUCGCUCCAACCUUAGGUCUAUCAGCGAUCACCUGUCCUUCCAGAUCUCAGACAUAAUAGGCCGGGCAAAACUGAUGGUGGAGACUCGCUACAUUUGCGACACGCUCACUUUGGACGUGCAGAUACGGUGUUGGUCUUCAAAGGCUCACUAUGUGGUGGAGGAGAUCAGGAAACAAGAUGGGAUUCAUCAGGAAGCCAAAGAGUACAUCCAGGCUGGUCUACAGGGAAGAACACCUGAGGACGUCAGCGGCCCUCUAGCCGUGGCACCAAAUACAAUCAAGGAGGUGGACGUUCAUGACAUAACACAGAAACACAACCAAGAAACUACAGAUACAGCAGAAGUGAAUGAACGUUACAAAAAAGAUGGUGCCAACUCGGCAGCAUUUCAGGAAGCCCCCUCUUUGACCCACACUUCAUUUUUUCUGAAGCAAAAGAGCACAAGUUGGGACCCAAAGGACAACAGAAUUGUCCAGGUGACAAGAAAAAUGGCCGACACCAUUUGUCACAUGACGCAGUACCUGAAGAAGAGAGGCCCUAUACUGAACAAAGAAACAUUUGUCGCUGCAGCCAAAGACGUCAUAUUAAACUCCCAGUCAGUCACUCAGUUUAUCCGAGUUAUUGCCAACCACAGCCUGGAUAAACAGUGUACAGUUGAACUGUCUCUCAUCAUUGAACAGAUUCUCACCAUCACCAAUCAGCUCAGCAUCAUCUCCAGUGUCAAUGCAGUAACACCUGGGUGCAGAUCAUCGGACGAGAUCCUGGUGAAAAAUGCACAAAACCUUCUGCAGACAAUCCUGCGAGGAGUGCAUGCGGCAGAAACAGCCAGCAUCACGGGUUUGAAGCAGCCAGAACCAAACUCUGAUGAGGCAGAGGCCACAGCGUUGUGCUUCCAGUGGAAGAGAAACCUGGAGAUCCACCGCGCCCAGCAGAACUCCAAUCAGGAAACGGACGAUUUGGGGUUGAGGAAGACGUUGCCGCGCCCCACUGCACCCAGCCUGGCCCCUUUACUAAAUAUUUAAGGAGGCGUGACAUUCAACGUCACAGAGGCCUUUACAAAGACAUAAGCAACUGUCAUGAAUAGGAUUUAUUGUGCGUGUACACUAAAAAGAGCUGCUGUGUGUAAGAAAAUGGUUUGACUUUCAAACAUUUUUCCACUAAAAAGUCCACAUUGAACCACAAAGAUGGCAUGAAAUAAAAGCAUCACCAAA